UUUUUUUAAAACUUCAUCUUCUUCUUCUUCUUCUUCUUCAUCUUCUUAUCUUCCUCCGUCACCCAAUCUUUCAACCAAAAUGGGGAAAGCAACGAGAUGGUUCAAGAACUUAUUUGGGAUUAAAAGAGACAAAGAACCCACAAAAGAAAUUCCCAAAUCAAAACCACCCACCACCGCUGUAGACGUCCAACUCUGUAACAAUCCGGCCACAAUACCGCCCAAUUUAUCAGCGGCGGAGGCCGCUUGGUUGAAAUCCUUCUACUCCGAAACAGAGAAGGAACAGAGCAAACAUGCCAUAGCUGUAGCUGCAGCCACUGCCGCUGCAGCCGAUGCGGCUGUGGCUGCAGCACAAGCCGCCGUCGCAGUUGUCCGGUUAACCAGCCACGGUAGAGGCACGAUGUUCGGCAGCGGACGGGAAAGAUGGGCUUCCGUUAAGAUUCAAACUUGCUUCAGAGCAUAUCUGGCGAGGAAAGCACUUAGAGCUUUGAAAGGAUUAGUGAAAUUACAAGCACUUGUUAGAGGAUAUUUAGUUCGUAAACAAGCAACAGCAACUCUUUAUAGUAUGCAAGCUUUAAUCAGAGCUCAAGCUACCGUUCGGUCUCAGAGAACUCGUAGAUUCAUAAACGACGCCAGAAAAUCAACGGAGAGAUUUGAGGACACAAAAAGCGAACACACAGUUUCCGUUCACAGUAGAAGACUUUCUGCUUCAUUAGACAACACAACUUUUAUGGAAGAAAGCCCCAAAAUCGUUGAAAUCGACACCGGCCGGCCAAAAUCGUGGUCACGACGGACGAACACGUCGGCGUCGGAAUUAAGCGAUGACCCAUUUAACCAUACGCUUUCUUCUCCACUCCCUUGUCGGACACCUUCCCGUUUGCAAAUUCCCGAUUGCCGGCAUUUCCACGAAAACUCUGAUUUUUGCGGCGGCGAUGACUGGCGUUUGAUCUCGACGGCACAGAGCACUCCACGAUUUAUGGGAUCUGGGGGUGGAUCGAACGGUCCACCGACGCCGGCGAAGAGUAUGUGUGGGGAGAAUUUUUUCAGAGGGUAUUUGAAUUUUCCAAAUUACAUGGCGAAUACUCAAUCGUUUAAGGCGAAAUUGAGGUCUCAGAGUGCGCCGAAACAGAGGCCGGAGAUUGGAUCGAAGAAAAGGGUUUCGUUGAAUGAAUUGAUGGAAUCGAGGAACAGUCUUAGUGGGGUUAAAAUGCAGAGGUCUUGUUCUCAAGUUCAAGAAGCCAUUAAUUUCAAGAAUGCAGUGAUGAGUAAACUCGAUCGGCCAUCAGAAUUCAACAAUUUGCAGAGAAAAUUAUGAACAAUUUUUUUUCUUUUUUAUUUUUUGAAGUUAUUUCUCAUUAAUUCCCUUACCAGUUUCUUUAGAAUUUGUAAUUUAUAUGAUUGAAUCAAACUGUGAAUGUAACUGGUGUAGUGUAGAUUAGAUUUGUAAUGGAUCUUCAAGUUUCUUCAAGUUCUACACAUUUCUCUA